GCAGCGCGGCCGGGAUGAGCGGGAGCGGCGCGGCGCCUGGCCCGAGCUCGGGCUCCUCCCCGACCGCCUGCCGCUUCGCGCACUACUUCGUGCUGUGCGGGAUCGACGCAGACAGCGGGCUGGAGCCCGACGAGCUGGCGGUUUUGUACCAAUGGCUAGAAGCAGAUCGUCAUGGCAAGAGCCAAGAUACUGCAAAUACGACUUCAGGUGAAAACUUUGACCAGAGUCCUUUGAGAAGAACAUUCAAAUCCAAAGUGUUGGCCCACUAUCCUGAGAAUAUAGAAUGGAACCCUUUUGAUCAAGAUGCAGUGAACAUGCUGUGCAUGCCUAAAGGACUAUCUUUCAGAACUCAAACUGACAAUAAAGACCCUCAGUUCCACUCAUUUAUAAUUACCCGGGAAGAUGGUUCUCGUACCUAUGGUUUUGUUCUCACUUUUUAUGAAGAAGUUACAAGUAAGCAGAUCUGCACAGCCAUGCAGACGCUCUACCAGAUGCACAACGCCGAGCACUACAGCGGCGUGUAUGCUUCGUCUUCCUGCAGCAUGGAUUCGCUGGCAAGCAGUGUUGACGAGGGAGAUACAACUUCCCUUUUGAAACUCCAGCGAUACAACUCCUAUGACAUCAGCAGAGACACGCUGUAUGUUUCAAAAAGUAUAUGUUUGAUCACACCGCUGCCUUUCAUGCAGGCCUGCAAGAAAUUCCUUAUCCAGCUUUACAAGGCAGUUACCUCACAGCAGCCGCCGCCCUUGCCGCUUGAGAGCUACAUCCAUAACAUUCUCUACGAGGUACCCCUUCCACCUCCAGGGAGGUCACUGAAAUUUUAUGGUGUUUAUGAACCCGUCAUCUGCCAGAGACCUGGGCCCAGUGAACUCCCCCUCUCCGAUUACCCUCUUCGAGAGGCCUUCGAGCUUCUGGGAUUGGAGAACCUGGUGCAGGUGUUUACCUGUGUUCUUUUAGAGAUGCAGAUCCUUCUCUACUCACAAGAUUAUCAACGCUUGAUGACUGUGGCGGAAGGCAUCACCACACUUUUGUUCCCAUUUCAAUGGCAGCAUGUUUAUGUGCCCAUCCUCCCUGCUUCUCUGCUACAUUUUCUUGAUGCUCCUGUCCCUUAUCUGAUGGGCCUUCAGUCAAAAGAAGGAACUGACCGUUCUAAGCUAGAACUUCCUCAAGAGGCUAAUUUGUGUUUUGUGGAUAUUGACAACCAUUUUAUUGAACUGCCUGAAGAAUUUCCACAAUUCCCCAAUAAGGUGGAUUUUAUCCAGGAACUCUCUGAAGUGCUUCUUCAAUUUGGGAUCCCUCCUGAGGGUAGCCUCCAUUGCAGUGAGAGUGCCACAAAACUGAAGAAUCUGGUUCUGAAGGACUUGGUUAAUGACAAAAAGAAUGGCAACGUCUCCACUAACAACAUCAGCAUGUACGAGUUACUGAAGGGCAAUGAAACCAUAGCCCGCCUCCAAGCUCUGGCCAAGCGGACCGGUGUGACCGUGGAAAAAAUGGAUCUCUCUGCCACACUGAGUGAAAAAGAAAAGGAUUUAAAACUUCAGUGUGAAGAGGCAGAACUAAGGGACUACCAGCUCAACGUGCAGCUCCGUGAGGUCUUUGCUAACCGCUUUACACAGAUGUUUGCAGAUUAUGAAGCAUUUGUGAUUCAGACUGCCCAGGACAUGGAAUCCUGGCUGACCAACCGAGAACAGAUGCAGAACUUUGACAAAGCUUCCUUUCUCUCUGACCAGCCUGAGCCUUACCUGCCAUUUCUUUCACGCUUCAUUGAAACACAGAUGUUUGCCACCUUUAUUGAUAAUAAAAUUAUGUCUCAGUGGGAAGAGAAGGAUUCUUUGCUUCGGGUCUUUGACUCUCGGAUUGAGAAGAUGAGACUGUAUAAUGUAAGGGCACCCACCUUGAGGACAUCUAUUUAUCAGAAAUGCAGCACUUUAAAAGAAGCAGCCCAAUCAAUUGAGCAGCGACUGAUGAAAAUGGAUCACACGGCAAUCCACCCACAUCUGCUUGAUAUGAAAAUUGGUCAAGGCAAAUAUGAGCAAGGGUUCUUUCCAAAGUUACAGUCUGAUGUGUUGGCAACAGGACCAGCUAAUAACAAUCGCUGGGUAAGUCGGAGUGCCACGGCGCAGCGCAGGAAAGACCGCCUUCGCCAACACUCGGAGCACAUUGGAUUGGACAAUGACCUGCGGGAGAAAUAUAUGCAAGAGGCACGAAGUUUAGGAAAAAACCUGAGGCAGCCCAAACUGUCAGACCUCUCUCCUGCAGUGAUUGCACAGACCAACUGCAAAUUUGUAGAAGGCUUAUUGAAAGAAUGUAGAAUGAAGACAAAGCGCAUGUUAGUGGAGAAGAUGGGACAUGAAGCAGUGGAACUGGGCCAUGGAGAAGCAAACAUAACCGGCUUGGAAGAGAACACCUUGAUCGCCAGCCUCUGUGACCUACUGGAAAGGAUAUGGAGCCACGGCUUGCAGAUCAAGCAGGGGAAGUCAGCUUUGUGGUCACAUUUAAUUCAGUUUCAGGACAGAGAAGAGAAGCAAGAGCACCUUGCAGAAUCGCCAGUUGCCCUUGGACCAGAAAGAAGAAAAUCUGACUCAGGAGUUAUGUUGCCAACACUCAGGGUCUCUCUUAUCCAAGACAUGAGGCAUAUUCAGAACAUGAGUGAGAUCAAGACUGACGUUGGACGAGCUCGGGCGUGGAUAAGACUAUCUCUAGAAAAGAAGCUCCUGUCCCAGCAUCUCAAGCAGUUGCUCUCCAACCAGCCACUCACCAAGAAGCUUUAUAAGCGUUAUGCUUUUCUACGCUGUGAAGAAGAAAGAGAGCAGUUUCUUUACCAUCUUCUUUCCCUCAAUGCGGUUGACUACUUCUGCUUCACCAGUGUGUUCACCACUAUCAUGAUUCCAUAUAGGUCAGUGAUCAUCCCCAUCAAAAAGCUGAGCAAUGCGAUCAUCACAUCGAACCCUUGGAUCUGUGUAUCGGGAGAGCUAGGAGACACGGGAGUAAUGCAGAUUCCCAAAAACCUCCUCGAAAUGACUUUUGAGUGCCAGAACUUGGGGAAGCUGACCACUGUUCAGAUUGGCCAUGAUAACUCAGGACUGUUAGCCAAAUGGCUAGUGGAUUGUGUCAUGGUCAGAAAUGAGAUCACAGGACAUACAUACAGGUUCCCAUGCGGGCGGUGGUUGGGGAAAGGCAUUGAUGAUGGAAGCCUGGAGAGAAUCCUUAUUGGGGAAUUGAUGACCUCAGUGGCAGAUGAGGAUCUGGUAAAGCAGUGUCGGACUCCACCCCAACAGAAAUCCCCCACCUCGGCUCGGAGACUGAGCAUCACUUCACUGACAGGAAAAACCACCAAACCCAAUGCUGGACAGAUCCAAGAAGGAAUUGGAGAAGCUGUGAAUAAUAUUGUGAAACAUUUUCACAAACCUGAGAAAGAGAGAGGAAGCCUCACAGUGUUGCUAUGUGGAGAAAAUGGACUGGUUGUGGCACUUGAACAAGUCUUCCAUCAUGGGUUCAAAUCUGCCCGCAUCUUUCACAAGAAUGUCUUCAUCUGGGACUUCAUAGAGAAAGCAGUUGCUUAUUUUGAAACCACUGACCAGAUUCUAGACAAUGAAGAUGAUGUCCUUAUUCAGAAAUCAUCCUGCAAAACCUUCUGCCACUAUGUAAAUGCUAUUAAUACUGCACCCAGGAACAUUGGGAAAGACGGCAAAUUCCAGAUUUUAGUUUGCCUCGGAACACGGGAUCGCCUGCUCCCACAGUGGAUCCCACUCUUAGCCGAGUGUCCUGCCAUUACCCGAAUGUACGAGGAGAGCGCCCUCCUGCGAGACCGCAUGACUGUCAACUCUCUCAUCCGCAUUCUGCAGACCAUUCAGGACUUCACCAUAGUCUUGGAAGGCUCACUCAUCAAAGGAGUGGAUGUGUAACCCACGUGGCUAGAAACGC